AUGUCAAAGAAAGCCAAGCAGGCCACCAGCGGUGCCAACAUGGGUGAGAAUAUGUUUGGUCCACUUCUAGACCAGGCACUGCACGCAGCUGUCGACAAGGCAGUUAAAAAAGCACUGAAUGAAGUCCUCGAAAAAACUGUGGACCAAGCCGUCAAGAAGGUCGUGGAUGAAGCUGCACGGAAAGUUAUGCAAGAGGCCUUUAAACCUUCGUAUGCCAGGAAGUUACCACGUUUACCGAGGUCUUCCGACGAGGUCGAAGAAGUCGAAGAAACCGGCGUUACGCAGGAUGAGUCAUUGAAGACCCCUGCACAAAGCAGUAUUGAAGAUGACGAUGAAGACUCCUGUGAAAGCAUCAGCGAAAGUGAGGAGCCAUCAAAGGGAAGCUUUCGACCAGGCUGCGAGUAUCAUACCGCCAUCCUAAUAAAGGUUGGCUAUUGUGCACUCGAAGUCAGAAAGGACCAUCACCUCUUCGUCGCCGAAUACUAUCCCUACACCGAAUCCAGGUUCAACCACUGA